UUCUCAUGCUAACGCUGCCGCAGCGUUCUCCGUUGGCCGGCCGAUUCUCAAGACAAAGCGGGACGGAUAACCGGAGGAGGAUGCGCGGGAAUUUCGCUCGUCGCCGUUCUGGAUGAAGCGAAGGGGGCGUUGUGCUUCUUCAUCCCAUUGUGAGGUCGACGCACCAGCAGAGAGUUCAGUGACACAGCCUCAGCCCGACCAUCUUUACCUGUACAUGGAGACCCCCAGCUGGGCAGGUAACGCAUUGUGCAAGUCGGGAAGCAUCGGCGUCUUCGGGAACGUGGUGUACAGCGGACUGCUCAACGAGCACUUGUGGCAUCUGGGAGUACCGCUCUUCACGAGACUGGGCAACCAAGAGGCCCCCAACCCCGCGGACGCCAUGAGCCAGCCCUACACCGCGGCCCAGUACCCCCCGCCCCCACAGAACGGCAUCCCCGCCGAGUUUGCGGCCCCACACCCGCUCCCCACGCCCGACUAUAGCGGGCAGAGCCGCGUGGCCGAGCACGCGCUGACGCUGUACACCCCCACACCUACGCACGGCGAGCCGGCGCCGGGCGCCGACAGCAGCCCGCCCAGUAUCGCCGCCCCCGCCUCCGCACCGGUCAGUGUCGCUCGGCACCUGCAAACACUCUUCCUCGCAGGCCGCCAGCAAUCAGACGACGUGACGCAAACGGACGCCUCGCAGCACUCAGAUUCGUCGGAGAAGCAGCAGCCAAAACGAUUACACGUGUCCAACAUUCCCUUCCGCUUCCGGGACCCUGACCUGAGGCAAAUGUUUGGGCAAUUUGGAAAGAUCUUAGACGUGGAGAUUAUCUUUAACGAGCGAGGAUCCAAGGGCUUCGGCUUUGUAACUUUCGAAACGAGCACAGACGCCGACCGCGCACGGGAGAAACUAAACGGUACAAUCGUAGAGGGACGCAAGAUCGAGGUGAACAACGCCACAGCGCGAGUGAUGACCAACAAAAAAGUGGCCAACCCCUACACCAACGGUUGGAAGUUGAAUCCGGUGGUGGGCGCCGUCUACGGUCCCGAGCUGUAUGCCGUAACGGGCUUCCCGUACCCCGCCACGGGCACGGCCAUGGCCUACAGAGGGAGCCACUUGCGAGGUCGGGGGCGAGCCGUCUACAAUACCUUCCGCACGGCCCCGCCGCCACCACCCAUCCCGGCUUACGGAGCGGUGGUGUACCAAGACGGCUUCUAUGGCGCCGAGAUCUACGGUGGCUACGCAGCGUACAGAUUCGCCCAGCCCACCACCACCGCCGCCUACAGCGACAGCUAUGGCAGAGUCUAUGCAACGGCUGACCCCUACCACCACACGAUCGGCCCCGCCGCCACGUACAGCGUGGGAACCAUGUAAAUAGGAAACGCCGGGAAGAGGAAGCAACGCUCAUCACGGUUGGACAUCGCAGACGUAACGACGGGAGGGAGGCAUACAAACCGGCGGCAGGAGCAUCGACGGCCGCCUCCCCCAACCACCGCGGGCCGACCGUCUUUUUAGGGGCGGCCGGCCGGCCAAGAAAAGGGACAGAGAGAAAAGUGUUCAGAUGAGAGGCGUCCCGUUAUUAUAAAACAUUUUAUUUUUCUAUACUUUUGUCACGUGUGUGUAUAAAGGCGUAUAAAUAUAUAUAUGUACAAAUGUCUUUUUAUGUUUUACGGGGGAGUCCAGAACAGGCGGCCAGAUGUGGCGGAGGAGGGAGAACCUGCACCUCCUUCUCUUCCUCCUCCUCCUUUACUUUUUUCCUCCCCGUGGACGCUGUCGUGAUGUCACUUCCUGCCGGCAGCACUCCACGAAAUCCCCUUUGUUUUACGGCGCCCCCCGGUGGCAGAGGUUCCGCCCACGGCCGAGGACUGGACAGUCGGUCGUCGGCGAGUCGGGGGAGGUUGGCCGACGUCGGGACUUCCCAGAGGACAUGUUGACUGGCGGCGUCCGCCUGACGAGGUUUCGCAGAGGCCGAGGCCACGUCCGCACGUAUGCACGCAAGUUUGCCAAAAACAAUUGUUCAUUUUUACAUAAAAUACCUUCCUACACACGCAAACGGCGGGAUUUUUUUGCCUUAAACUUGAACUUUUCAUUCGCCUUGAAGUUACUUUUUUCCCUCCAAAAAUAUGCCUUUAUUCUAGAAAAAUCCUGAAUUUUUCACAACGUAAAUUUAACGUAAUUUUCACUGAGUUUUUUUCAUAAUUCUUUUGUGUAACCUGAUUUUUUAAGAAACAUAAAAAUUUUCAUGAACACAACAUGCAAAAAAUGAUAUAUUGAUAUAUUGAUUUUUUUUUUCUUGGAAGAAAUGGGAUUUUCUUUCAAGAAACAAAGCUUUUCCUGAAAAAAAUGCUGAUUUAGUCUUGGGGGCCAUUGUGAAAGAACUAUUUUCUUUCUUGAAAAAUUAUUUUGUCAAGAAAAUUAGACUUCUGAAAUUUUCUUGAAGUUUUUUUGCAAAGAAAUUCAAAUUUAAAACCAUUAUUUCUGACUUUGAAAAUAUAUUAUCAUUAAAAAAUAUUGUGAUUUAUUCCAUGGAAAUUUUAAACCUUACGUAAAGACCACACAUUUUCUUUCUUGGAAUUUCUUUCUUACAAAAAACAAACAAACAAAAAAAUGACAAUUUCUUAAUAAUAUGCAAGUUUCCCAAACAUUUUUUUAACAAAAAAUAUCAGAUUUUCAUCCGCCAAGUGUAUAUUACUUUUCAGUGCGGCCCUUGUGAGUGUUUUGACGUUUUGCUGUUAUUUUCACUUUUUUUUUUUUUUUUUUGCUGUAAAGAUGUCUCUUGUGAAACAAUGGGACGCGUACGUGAGGACGUGGCCUCUGCCAGUACCGAUUUGCGUGCUUGUGUUGUGUGUUUCUCGGAGGGGGGGUCUUUGAUUUUUUUGUCAGUUUUUUGCGGUGGCCAAACUUUGUCAAUUUGUGCGAGGAGUGGCUGUCCAAGGUGUGGAAACCGGAGAAUGUCGGUUGCGUUCUUUGAAUGUACUCUUUCUUCUCUGCGUGGAUUCUUUACGUUGCUGUACAUAAAUAUAUAGACAUAUCUAUUCUAUGGGCUGUGCUGAUGUCAGGGAGUAUAUGGGGCGGCCACACGAGCCCCCCCUUUAGAUUUCAGUCCCCCCCCCACUAAAUAUGCCCCUGAUAUUUACUGUAACAUGUGAUCAUGUGUUCUAUGAUUGAAGGUGAUUGUGUGCCCCCCCCCCCACCGCAACCUCGACCCCCUCCUCUCUGACCACAAUGGAGGACUUCACCUCCUUUUGGAGUGAAUUCCGCCCAAUUUCCGGCUUCUUCCGUCUGUCCUUUGUGGGGGUUUGAACGCGCGGCCUGAGCUCUUUGAUCACGAGCCAGCGGGCGGGAGCGCCCGUUAAUGCUAAUGCUAGCCCAUGGGCGUUUGGGGGGGUGGGGGGCAGAGUAGAGAUAACCAGCUAUGGGUGAACUCACACUAGGCUUUUCCAACUACGCUUCCGGGCCACUCGAAGGCCAAAGCCCCAAACCUACUUUGACAAUUAAUCCACAAAGUGAAUGAAUGAUUGUCCUAGUGUGAGUAUACCGUCGCGAUACCUUUAAAGGGCUUGCGGCCGCAUGCUCAAAUUCCCCUUCAGGAAAACCGCCCCUUAUUCCACACAAUUGAUUUGUUUUGGUCCAAAAAAAAACAAUAAGACCCCCCUCUCCCCACCCGUUGACACUUCCUGUACAGUAGGACGACUUCCUGUGCAGCGUCCAAUCGAGUGUCUGACUGGGCAGGCGGAGAUGAACAACCGCCCGCAUCGCGCGUGUCCUCCGCCGAUUAUCUAUGCACUACCCGCAACCACCACACGAUGUCACUCACGCGCACACGUUAGCGAGACUGUUAGCAAAUGAGACAACAUGUACCUUUGUCGUUGAUUUUGUUUUCCGGAAAACCAAAUGACGAUGAAUUCAAAUUUGAAAAAAGACCAGAUUUUGCAUUUGCGAGGCUAGCUGGUGGUUCAUGUAGCAGCUGUAUUAAGUACAAAAACAAAAAAAAAUUACUUUAGUGUGUAAUGUCAGUGCUUCUACAGAGACGACCAUUAUUAUUGUACAGCAUUAGCCUAUAAACGUACCAUUUUUGGUCCGCAAAUCGCAAGUCUUCGAGUCUGCUUUUAUUGAUCAGCCUUUCUCUGAUCGAGAAGGAAAGAUUUCUAAGUCAAGGCACGUAACCGAUGCAUGGCUUCACACUGUUGGAUCGUUUUUUCAUUAAAAGCGGUAAAGCAGCUUUAAAGAAUAUGUUUCAAUGACACCUGAAAUCCAAAUCUUAGCCAUUAGCAUAACAUAGUAUAGCAUAGAUGUAUAUUUUCACAUGUGCUGCUGCAUCAAUGCAUCAAAAUAAAUUUAUAGUUUAAUGGCAGAAAGUCUUUUCAUCUGUUUUCACUGCUCGGUUUUUAACGGGUAAGUUUUAAGGUGGAAAAGCAGGUUGUUGUUUUUUUUACCACUUCCGUAGCCUCUUAAACAGCAAAUUCCACAUUAGCCACUAAAAGAGGCGAGAUGUGCCAGUUUAUGGCUGGAAAUCUCUUUGUGAUCGUCUGUUUCCAUUGUCGAGGCUUUUACGAAUGUACUGUACAUAAACGAAGACGUGAACUGAUGUUAGCUUUCUUACUGUUGUAUAUAAAUUGAAUUGAAGGUGGUCAAGCAGCUUUAAUCCUUAAUCCAAAUGUUAACCAUUAGCAUAGUAUAGAUUCAUAUUUUCACAUCUAGUCAUUAUUAAUGUACUAUUCACUAAAAGCGUCUAGAUGUUCAUUCUUAUGACAAAAAAAAUCCAGUCCGUUUUCAUUGUAAAGCUUUUGCUCGAUAUAAAAGUGAAAUUGUGUUGGCUUCUUACUGUUGAAUAUUGUUAAGCACCUAGAAAUCUUUUUUUUUUUGUAUUUUACCAAUUCCGUAGCUCUCUGAAAUGCAAAUCUUAACCAUUAGCAUAUCGUCGCUGUAUAUUUUCAUGUCUGCAGUUUUAUCCAGCGUCCGCGGCUCGCCACUUCCACUGAUGCUUUGCGGCAAACUUGCUGUUUGUUUACACGCUUGUAAAGAACCGCUACUCCGACGACUGGUCUUCCACUCCUUUUGUAGCCACACAAGCGAGCUUGCGACGCUUGACGCGUGUGACGCCAAAGCGGCGGUUGUUCCUCUCCGCUCCACCAGGUGGCACCCCACCAGGUAACCGCUCCCCAACACAACCGGGGCCCCCUUCCCAAAGUGACCGCCACCCAGUAUGUGUGCCCCCCGACCUUUUGUACUCUUCCUGUUCUGUACAUAUUAACCCCCAUUCCCCACCUCAUCCUAACACAAGAAAAAAAAAUCCUCCUCCAAAAAAUGUGUAUUUUGUUCAAAAAACAGCAAAUUUAUUUAUAAGGAUUUUUUAAAGACUUUAUCGCUUUCUGCGUUUUGUAAAUGUUCAAGGUAAAAAAAAUGUUUUAAAAAUGUUAAAUGGCUAUAUUGAAAGGUUGAAAAAAAUGUCUACCCCUUUCCUCUCUUACCCCGUACUUCUACUUGUGUUUUGUUUCUUUCUCUUUCUGUAUGCUUCUCUUUCCGUGCUUCAGAUGAAGAGUUCUAUUUAUUAUGACAUUAACGUUAUUAUUAUAAUUAUGAGUAAUUAUUAAUAUCAUCAUUCAUUCAUUAUGACCAUGAAUAAACUUGUCUACUUCAAGG